AUGAUACAAAUUCUCAUAGUCUGCGUGUGAGUUGAAUUUAACAAUGAGUCAAUACGAUCAUAAGAUUCAAUUUACAGUCCACUUUUGAUUGCAUCGUCAAUAGCUUUAUGUAAAGGAAAACCGAAACCAGCGUCACCAACAGGGCCUCCAGGUGGAGUAGCAACUCCAGCUCCAGUAUCUGUCAAACCAGCAACAACAGCAGCAUCAGAACCGGAAAAAGCAAAGCCUGAACCAGCUGAGGAACCGAAAAAAGAGGAAGCGAAGAAAGAAGAGGAAAAGAAAGAUGAAAGAGAAAAAUCGAAGGAUGAAAAACAGGAGGAUACUUUUGAUAAACUUCAACCAAGAGCACAGGAAACUAAAAGAAAGGAUGAGGUUUGUUGCAAAUUGGUUUUUUUUUGAGAAAAUAAAUAUUAUUCUUUCAGAUUAAGGGAAAGAAGGCUGAAAAUAAAGGAGAUUAUAAAACUUGGAACAAACUUAUUGAAAAUAGUGAAUUUAAUAAGACUUUGAGUGAGAAAGAUGAUAAGAAAAAGGAUGAUAAAAAGAAGGAUGAAAAGAAAGAGGAAAAGAAAAAGGAUGACAAAUCGGAUGAUAAAAAGAAGGAUGAAAAGAAGGAUGAGAAGAAAGAGGAAAAGAAAGAGGAGAAAAAAUGA